GGAAGACAAGGAGCCGACAACAGCAGUGUCAAAAACCUGUCAGAAAUGACAUUAAUACAACUUUUGCAUUAGUAUGGUACAAGAGGACGGAUAAUCCACCAUGGGAUACACAGGAGUAUGCUGCACCAGCCUCAAGGACAACAAAGCCCUGAUGAAGAUGGGCUUGGGGCUGGUGCUGGUGGGCCAUGUCAACUUUCUUCUUGGGGCGCUGGUGCACGGCGCUGUGCUCAGACACGUUACCUCGCACAAGGAGGCUCGCGUCAUGGUUUACGCCAUCUCUAAUGUCCUUGCUAUUGUGGCAGGCUUGUUGGGAAUUAUUGGUGGAAUAUUGGCCAUUGUGCUGUCCAAAAACAAGAAAAACAGGAUUCUGCAGUGGGUCCUAUUGGUCUUCAGCUUCCUGGCAGGUCUCUUGGCAGUUGCCUCCACUUUGGGCUUGUCCGUUUCCAUGGUGACAGCAAUUGUGCAUAAAGGACGGAGCCUGCUAACACACUGCAGGUUUUCCAAGCCUAACGUUGGUUCUUCCAGUAUCACUUAUGAAUGCCCCUUUGACCCCACCCGAAUAUACGGGACCACAAUCAUUCUGUGGGUGCCACUCAUCUUUAUGUCUGUGGUGGAAAUGGUGUUUUCCUUCCGCUCCUUUGCUGCCUGUACCUCGUUCCUCUACCUCUGUCCAUGCAGGAGGAGGCCGAUCCAGGCUAAGAGGGUGCGUAUUCAGAGAGCUGUUCAAAUCGAAACGCCGCCUCCACGACAAGAUCAAGAGACUGAUAUUGAGGCCGAGCCUGCAGAGCGGGAUGAACUGCUGGACGGUGACACUCCAGUGGAGCAGCAGAGUGACUGGCUCUGA